AUGGAAUGCGUUAUCCGUCAAGCCACAAGGGAGGACUGCGACCCCCUCAUGGGCUUGAUGCGGGAAAUUGCAGAGUUUCACCACUUGCUGGACGAAGUAACCAUAAACUCUCAAGUUUUAAAGACUGAUGGCUUUGGUGAAGACCCCUUCUUCAAGUGCAUCCUGGCUGAAUUGCCUGCAGAAAAGGGAGGCAAAGCAGCUCGCCCCAUUGGCUUCGCCCUGUAUUUCUUUGGGUACAGCGUCCUUCAUGGGAGAAUCGUGUUCUUGGAGAGCCUGUAUGUGGCGUCAGAAUUCAGAGGAAAAGGAAUUGGAGUGAAAUUACUGGGCAAGGUGGCAGAGAUCGCCCUGGCUGCCGGGUGCAAGGAGGUGAGGUUUGUGGCGAUGGAGUGGAACAGUCCGGCCAAGGACUUCUACCUCCGCCUGGGGGCCAAGGACAUGACCCAGUCGCACCAGCAGUGGCACAGCAUGGAGCUGAGCGGAGAGGCCUUGCAAAGGCUGGCACAGAAGGGAAGGCGCAGCCCUGGGGGGGCCCUCGGGUCCAGCUCAGGCCAAGCCCAGCAACCAUAG